AUGACCAACCAAGUCCGGCACCAGCCCUCGCGGCAGUCCAAGCAGCCCAUCAAGCCGACCAAGUCUCCCAAGAAGCAUCAGUCCUUGCGCCGACACCGCCACCAAUGCAUCGGCACCGGCGCGGACGCCCAGCAGCUCACGCAGCCGAUGCAGCCCAAGCCACCCAAGCCCACCAAGCAGCUCAUGCCUUUGCCCAACGCCGGCUCCGCCGUCGGCUGCCUAUUGCGCCCCCACCAAGCGGUGGGCGGCAUCGGCCCCGGCACGGACGCCCAGCAGAUCAAGCAGCUCAAGUUCACCAAGCAGUCCAAGAUCCGUCCAAGACCAGCUCCGACGUCGGCUGCCAUUGCGUGCGACCAGCAGCCCAAGCACCAGCAGUUCAAGCACCAAGCAGCCCAAGAACCCAAGCAGCAGCAGCAGCACCUGUCCAGCCAGAUCUGCUCUUCAACGCGACCGACCAACACCGCUAGCGGCAUUAACAACAUCAAGUGCGCGGCCACGUCCAACGCCAUUGCAGCCAUGCGCCUCCACCGUGCGGUGGUUGGCUUCGGCACUGGCACGGGUGGCCAGCGCCAGCAGCAUCUGCAGCGCCAAGACCCUCCAAUUGCAGCAGUAGACGCGCACGAGCGGCACGAGCCGUUCAGCAGCACCAGCCGCAGCAACCCUCGCUCAGCCGUCUUCUCCGCGCGGUCCAAGCUACCCACGCAGCCCGAGCAGCCCACGCAGGUCAAGCGGCAGAAGCCCGUGCGUCGGUCCCGUUGCGUGGUGACCACCGCGUCACCGACCGUGCAUCGUAUGCAGCUGCCGCCCAGCAUACCCAGCAGAUCAGCCGUCCAAGCCCACCGAGCGGUAUCAGCGGUUCAAGCAGCAACACCAGCAUCAGCGGCGCCGACCACCCUUGCACGGUCCGCUCCACCACCACUGCAGCCAGUGUGCCCCCAUCGUGUGGUGGACGGUAUCGGCACCGACCCGGACGAUGCUCCCAAGCCAGCCAUGCAGCCCAAGUUGAACAUGCAGCUCAAGCCGACCAUGCAGCCCGGGCAGGCCAUACAGCCCGGGCAGGCCAUACAGCCCAAGCAGUACAAGCAGCUCAAGCAGGCUAUGUGGCCAAAGCAGGCCAAGAAGUACAAGCAGACCAUGCGGCCAUGCAGACCGACAGGCCAGCUCCGCCACCAUUGCAGCUGCUGCACCCUCACCAACGAGCAGCCCAAGUUGAACAACCGGCACGAGCAAACCACGCAGUGUGACAUGGCCGAAACUACGGCCAUUGUACACAUGCGGCGGACGUCGCCACCCAGCGGGACCAGCAGCUGCAGCAUUCCAGAAGCACAAGCAGCCUACCCGGAUCAGCCGCCCCAAUCACCCAUGGACCAAGCAGUCAACAGACCUCAGCAGCUCCGCCCGUUCGCACCACCUUCGCCCCUCUUCUCUCACUCUGGGGUAAGGCACAAAGCUGCUGCGCCCAACGAAGCUGCGAAAACGCUGCAUGAAGCCCAGUCUCCAAGUCCAGGAUGGACAUCCACGGGCUCGGGUGACAUCGAAAACAUCGCGACGGGCUCCGCCGCGGCGGCUCUCGAUCACGAGGGGCGUCUGCUGCGGGAGUCUUUUGGUGCGUUUGGCUGUGUCUGGAUUGCCAUCUUCUUGCGCGGAGAGGGUUCUUCGGAGCGACAGCGGAGAGCAUUGAUGGACAGUGCCGACCCAGGCACUGUCCAUCAAUACGACGAGCGCACCCACGCCCACCUACUUCUUGGAGCGGAGGAGUUGUCUCGUGCAAGCGGCGACUUGAUCAGCGACGAGCUCGAGGGAGCCGCGGGCGCCUUACGCCGGCGUGCCGUGGCCUGCUGCUGCAUCUUCCAGCCUGGGUGGAGAGGAGGCUCGGUCCAUAGCGGGUUGGACGAUCAGGGCUGGAAGGCCCCGCAUCACCUAGCUGCUCGCAACUUGGUGAUACCGGUACCCACCAGCGCCAUUGCAGCCACUGCGGUGAGCAAGAGGGCGUUCGUAGUCUACGGUGAAGUGGCUUUUGUCGUCAAAACAUGGCGAAUGUGA